AUGACGGUAGCAUACGAUUUGACCCAUCGAGGGUCAUCGACGGCUGCAUCCACGAACGGUCAAGCGCUCGAGGAUCGGUUUGAGGUUCUAAAGGAUAUUGGAGAUGGUAGUUUUGGUAGCGUGGUUCUCGCAAGAGUCCGCUCGGCGGGUUCCAGCGUCGCACGACGAGGCACAGUGAUCGCCAUCAAGACGAUGAAGAAGAACUUUGAAUCGCUGGCACCAUGUAUGGAACUUCGAGAAGUCGUCUUUCUGAGGACACUGCCACACCACCAGCAUCUUGUCCCAGCUCUCGACAUUUUCCUCGAUCCUUUCACCAAGAAACUUCACAUUGCCAUGGAAUACAUGGAUGGGAAUCUCUAUCAAUUAAUGAAAGCACGGGAUCACAAGUGUCUGGACGUAGGGAGCGUGAAGAGUAUCUUAUUCCAGAUCAUGCAAGGGCUCGAGCAUAUUCAUGCUCACCAUUUCUUUCAUCGCGACAUUAAACCCGAAAACAUUCUCGUGUCGACAUCGGCGCAGGAUUCUUCAAACUCUUUCCGACGAUACUCCAACAUGGUUACUCCUCCAUCAACACCACCGAACUACACCGUAAAGAUUGCCGAUUUUGGACUCGCCAGAGAAACCCAUUCCAAAUUGCCAUACACUACUUAUGUUUCUACCAGGUGGUACCGUGCUCCUGAGGUUUUGUUACGCGCCGGAGAGUAUUCGGCACCUGUCGAUAUCUGGGCGAUCGGAGCAAUGGCCGUUGAGAUUGCCACAUUGAAACCGUUGUUCCCUGGUGGGAAUGAAGUUGAUCAGGUUUGGAGAGUGUGCGAAAUCAUGGGUAGCCCAGGAAACUGGUACAGCAAAUCCGGUGCAAGAGUAGGUGGUGGAGACUGGAGAGAAGGGACUCGGUUGGCCGGUAAACUUGGAUUCUCUUUCCCAAAGAUGGCCCCUCACGCGAUGGAUACGAUACUUCAAAGCCCACAAUGGCCAGCAUCGCUCAGUAAUUUCGUCACAUGGUGUUUGAUGUGGGAUCCAAAAUCCCGCCCAACAUCAACCCAGGCCCUUGCACACGAAUUCUUCAACGAUGCAGUCGAUCCGCUGCGACCAAAAUCAUCCGCAUCACGCAUGUUGGGUCGUCAAAAGUCUGACUUGAGUUAUCGCGGAUCCAAGGAUUCUACAGACAUCAUUCCACCGUUGUCGUCGAAACAGUCAUGGUUCAGAAAAUCUUUGAUCGGCCGGACCGAUACAACCAGUCCUGCACCAACUGUUGGAAAAGAAAAUGUCGCUCCUCGACCAUCGCCGCCUGCACAUUCCACCACGGAUAUUCCUGUUGUCAAGACAAGACCGGCCGCUAGUAAGAGGGCCACAUGGAAUAAUGGAUCAUCAAACGCGGCUCCGAUGCCAAUUCUCCCCACGAUUAAACCGAUCUCGCCACUUUCUGAUGCCGUUACAGCACAAGCAAGUAGUCGAACACCUUCAUACAGUGAUGCUUAUAAUGGAGGUCAAAAGAACAUGGACGAUAAGGUUGCAAAGAAGAUUGGACGACAAUUGUCUGUUGCAUCGAAUGGAAACCAUUAUGCCGAUCUCCAUCGACAACAGGCCGAAGCCGCCUUGAAUGGCCAGACAGGACUUGCAUCACCACCAAAUGGACAGAAAGAGAGUUUCUUCUCACAUCUACGGAAACGUGCGCGGAGGUUCUCGGGUCGUCAAUCUCAAACACCAAUGUCACCAAAGUCUAUGGAUAUUGAGGCUCAAGCUGGAUGCGGACCAUGGGCGAGUAACCGAUCAUCGAUGGCCAUUGACAGCAACGGACAAGCACCUAGUCCGGUUCAAAAAGUUGAUACUUAUGAGGCUUUGGAUAAAGCUCUUCGAAAUGUUCAACAAAACCUCGACUCCCCGCAGCACGCACCUGUUCCACCAACACAUAUGGUAACUCCAAACAGUGUUCUCAAGCGGCAUCAUUCUCUACCGCAUCAACAACCAAGAUCGGUAGAUAAUCUUCGUGCAGCUGGUGGACCAGUUUCUAGCAGAACGAGAAGGUCACAGGUCCCGGCGGCUGCCCAUCGACAAUAUGAAACACCAGAUGAGGAGGACGAGUUAUUGGACGAAGCGUUAACGAGUACGCAUAAGGCUAUGAAACGGUUGGACCGGAAUUCUAUGCAAGCUGAUUCCCGUCAAUCACUUCGACAAUCCAAUAGCAAUCUUGGUCUAAACAACCCAUACCCAACACCAUCACCAUCGGCGAGUGGUAGUGCUGUUCUAUUCGGUCAUGGCGUUUCCCAAGUCACGCCAUCAAAAGUUCGAGGUCAACCAAAACAAUCUUCAACACCACCAUAUGACAGCGAAGAAAAUGAGUGGGCAGCAUCUGCAGCAGCAAGCAUCUUUGCGGCUCAAAAUCGAUUUUAA